GUUUAUUUUUUGGUAACGUUUCAUUUGACCAAAAAAAGAGAGACAUCAUAGAUUCGUAGGAGUGAGUAUUCAAUUUUCUUCUUCACUUUCACAAACCCCUCUCUCAUUCUCCGUUUUCAUCUCUGCAAUUCGCGAUGGGUACCGCCGGUGGUGACGUGGAAGCCGGUUUCGCAAAACUUCAAGGCGAAGAUUUCGAAUACUACAUGCAAACCUACUCAAUUAUUCUCGGCCGUAACUCCAAAAAAUCAACCGUCGAUGUCGACCUAUCAAGUCUCGGUGGUGGAAUGAACAUUUCACGUCACCACGCUCGUAUCUUCUACGACUUCGCACGACGUCGUUUUGCUCUCGAAGUUCUUGGUAAAAACGGUUGUUUAGUUGAAGGUGUUCUUCAUUUACCUGGUAACCCUCCUGUUAAGCUCGAUUCUCAAGACCUUCUUCAGAUCGGUGAUAAGGAGUUUUACUUUCUGCUUCCUGUUCGUAGUAUUCUUAGCAGUGUACCUCGGCAUUACGCCGGAAAUCAUCACCAGACUGUUCCUGCUGGUGUUCCUCCUCCUGGUGCUGCUCAGGGGCAUUAUAAUUAUGGACAUGGACAUCUGCCUGCUGGGAGUGCCGGUGCGGGUGCUGGUGCCGGUGCUAUGGUGAAGAAAGGGAGGAGGGAUUUUUAUGAAGAGGAGUAUGAGAUGGAUGAUGAUGUUGAUGUUGAUGUUGGUGGUGGGAGUAGUGGGAAGAAGAUUGGCAGGAGGGAGGCUUAUGAUGGUUAUGGUGGUGGAUAUGGUGGUGGUGUUGGUUCUGGAGGCAAGGCUUCACUGCCUGGACCAAUUGAUAAGAAGGCAGAAGGUAGAUCCCGAGUGGACCGUGAUGCUGAUAAUCUGCAACUUCAACAAUUAGAAGAGAAGGAUGUUGUUUCAUCAGUAGCUAAUGUCCUGUCCGACCUUUGUGGUCCUGGAGAGUGGAUGCCAAUGGAAAAACUCCAUGCUGUGUUGGUGGAUAAGUAUAGCAGUGUUUGGCACCACAGUAGGGUAAGGAGAUAUCUCACAUCAGAGGAAUGGCCUGGUCCAGAAUCAAAAGGGAAGCCUUGGUAUGGCUUACUUAUGCUAUUAAGGAAAUACCCGGAGCAUUUUGUCAUCAACACAAGGUCCAAGGGCCGGGUUACUCUGGAGUUUGUUUCUCUUGUCUCUCUUCUCUCGUGAACUCGGUGCUAUCUUCCAAAAGUAAUAACUCUUGUAGUCUGUGUAUUUUACAGAAUUGUGAUAUCUGAUCAAACACCGAACCUGUAUAAAAUUGUACCUUGCUUACUUUAUUCUUUAGGUAAACACUUUGUUACCUUUUGCGAAUGUCUGGAGGAAAGUACAUCCAUUUUUAGAAUUGGUAAGUUUUCUGUGGGCAAAAGAAAUAUUAAUAUGUUAUGGAUUGACUAAAGACAAUGAUUGAAUCAAUUGACUCGAUUGAAAGUUCA